UGCAUCUGUUCGCAAAAUUACUCUCAUCCCGUCUUCGCCUCUCAGCAUCAUGGACGACCUCCAGUACCGCCUACAUCACAUUGCGUCGCGCCUCCGUGUCUCGCGCGUCGUGCGCGACAACUCCCGCACCCCCGACUCCUUCUGGUACGAGCGCGACGACCGCCAUUCCCGCCUCACCCUGGCCGACGUGCAGCUCGACAUGCUUACAUGCUACCAGCGUCGACUCGUCGCCCCUACUCCAGCACCCGCACCCUCAUCCACACCUAACGCUGAGUGGUGGCACAUGUGCCCCUCGCCCUGCGGCUCCAUGCCCCGAAAGGUCAAGUGGGCCGAUAUGGCCCUGCACCGCGUCGCCUCCGCGCCGUUUGAGGAGCCUUGGACCUUGGACAUCCUGGAGGAACUCCAGUACAUCAGUGCCAUGCUCGAGUAUACGCGGCGGGUGGCGGUUGAGCGCCGCGGGGUCCUCGAAUCGCUGAAGGAGACCAUUGCUGGCCUGCCCGACCACGUCGCAGUUCAGUUCCGGACAGCUGCGGACAGCUGGGCGCCCCACGCCGCGCGCGUCCACUUCCAGGCUCGCUACGAGGCGAUCCUUGCUCUCAUCUACGGGGGACUCGUCGACGGCCCGUACAGCUAUCGCAAGAAGACGGCGUGGCGCGUCCACCGCGCCAUCACCCGCGGGCGUAAGAUGGCCGCUGCCGUUCCGGCCAAGGAGGUGAGGGAGGCGAUCGGCUCUCCGUUCACCGUAGGCAGGUAUGCCCGCGCUGUGAUGGAUCAGACGCUGGACGUCGUCACAUGCAUCCUCGAGGGAAAGUCAGUGUCGAGCUUGGUGGGAUCUGGCACGCGUGUUUUCUGGAACGGGAGCAAGUGGGAACGUCCAUCGUGCUCUUGCGUCGACAACAGCCGUUGUCUCUUCAACACUGGAUGUAUGGCCUGCCGAGAGACCACGGACUGCGUCAUUCCGCUGGCCAGCGAGCACUCCCCGUGCGACAAUGACAUGGCCACUUCGCAGGAUGAAUCUACGAGCACCACUUCGGCGAGCCAGCCCGACCAGACAGAUACUAUCCGCCAUGUGGAGCGGACCAAUCGCGAAGUGCAUUUCACCAUUCCUGCAGGCUGCCAGUCAUUCACCGUCCGCUUGUAGAUGGUGGGGUUAGCCCAUAAGCAAUAGCCCGUUCGAUCCGUUUGUAUUUGGCACAAUGUAUAACUCCGUCCUUCCAUGCCCAUGAUCCCGUAGCGUUCCUGCUGUUGAAACUGCUGUAGUGAGCGACCCCGGCUGGCGGGGCACGGAAGACAAGGUACAUG